AUGGACCUAUCCACACUCAAUACUUCCCAACAGGGCACCCUAUUUGGGCUUCUGCUUCUGGGCCACGCUAUUCCUAUUUCCAGCGCUGUUCUCAUGGUUCGCAAACGGGCGCUCGGGGCUAAACUGGACGACAUGACGAAUAAAAGUAAGCAGGAAAAGUAUUCUCAAUGCCCAACAGCCCUUGAGAUACGGAUAGGCCACCAAAAUAAUUACUCCGAGGGCACAGAGAAUCCUAUAACCGGCAAAGAUCCUGACGGUCACGACUGCAAAAAUUCGGCUCCAAAAGCCUCCGUGAGAGUGAAAGAAAUCACUAUGAUAUCUUCUAUUGAAACGAGAUCUGAGCUCGAUCAGCUUCCGCCAGAUGACAAGAAUCACUCCCGCAAUGCGAUACAACUUUUUUCUCACAUGAUACCCAAAUUGAAAAGUAUGAUUCGGGACACCCGCAAAUAUCUUACUUCGAGAAGGCCAGUCCAUGGCGAUGAGCUAGGUGGAGUAGAGUACAAGGCACUUUCAUUUUUAUCAGUGAUUGUACCACUCUAUUUCAUCAUGUUUCUUAUUCUCGGUAUACUGAGUAUCGGAAGUUGGUUGAGUUUGAAUCGCCCAGAUAUUCCACGCAAAAAUGGAGUCUUCCCUUUCUGGGCCGGUGCUUUCCUCGCUACAUCUGCAUUUGCGAACAGUGGCAUGUCUCUUGUGGAUGCUAGUAUGAUUCCUUUUCAAUUAGAACACCAACAAGUGCUUUAUCUUGCUAACCACUAUCUGGACAGGGCUUUCCCGCUUCUUUCUCUCGGGAUAUUUAUUCUUGCCGGGAACACGUUUUAUCCUUGUCUGUUACGGUAUAUAAUCUGGGCUAUAAAAAAAGUGCUGCAAAAUCAGCCGGCGUGGCAGGCGUGGCGGCAGGCACUUGAUUAUAUUCUCGCUCAUCCUCAAAGGAUAUAUACGAAUUUGUUCCCUGCUCGCCACACGUGGUUUCUGCUCGGUUCGAUUGUUAUCCUGAAUGGUAUCAACUGGGGAGCUUUCGAAAUAUUGUCUAUUGGACAGAAGGUUGUCAAGGAUCUCCCAGCCAAUUAUCGAAUGCUCGACGGGUUGUUCCAGGCAUUAUGUUUGUUGGCCCUAAAAUAUUUGUUUGAAUUGGAUUCAGCUGAUUCCAUCAUAAAGCGGUGCGUGCUGGUGGAUUCUGCGUUGUUGCAAUUGAUAAACUGCCACAAGGUUUGCUUGUUCUAUACAACUCUUGUUAGUACAUUUCUGCUUUUCCGUUGCCGGACACCAUUCGGUAUGUCGGUUGCCAAUACCUGUUUCAAAAGCUCCUCUCUGACGCCUAGUAGCGACACAAACAUGGACGAAGAGCAAUCGCUAGGAAUAUACCGCCAGGAUGGUGACAUGUUUAUCCCCCAAUCUUCGACUGGCCGGCCAUAUCUCGCCAAAUUCUUCCGCUGCUCCUAUGUAUACCGACAAGUCUGCUCGCGUUUGAGCCACGAUCUCUGGUGGCCUUCUCUCGCAGUGCUCUUCGUAACGAUCAUCGAAUCUGGUCAUUACCAGUCCCAGCCAGUGGCAUUUUCCACUUUCAAUAUCAUUUUCGAGGUUGCGUCAGCAUAUAGUUGUGUCGGCGUGAGCGUCGGGUAUCCCGGCAAGAACUAUUCCUUCUGCGGUGAAUGGCACGCAAUCAGUAAGUUAAUAUUGGGGGCAGUCGCAUUAAGGGGGCGUCAUCGAGGUCUGCCUGUUACCAUUGACAAGAUAAUACUGCCCCUUGAAUUGUGGAAUUAG